AUGUCACCCGCCGACCGCCUCCCAUCUCGCCGCUGCUCUGGCGGGGCGGCGGCGGGGCCUGGCGACGGCGCGCGGCGCAUGUGCCGUGGCGACCCACCGGGCCGGCCGGCCGCGCAGGCGCCGACCGGUGAUCGCCACCGCGCCCCGCCUCGGAACGCCGUUUCCGCUUGGCGUCCGAGGCGCUAG